CCAUCACAUCCAUCAUGACUCUCCAGUCAGAAGCGCUCUCUCUGUCGUUCAGCUCCCUCUCAUCCAGCAGCAAUCAUGCCUUCAAACACCGCUGCCAGCAUGUUCGGUGGAGCAGGGGGAAGGGGUUCCAGGGCGUCCGUGGCGAGCCUGGAGGGGCUGCGCACUAUGCUGCGCAACAACGAGACGGACAGAGACUCCGCUGCCGUCGCUCCGGCAACUUCUGCCAAGCCUCCAGCUGCGGCCGCGCCCGUGGCCCCCGUGGCCCCCGCGGACGACAAGCAGACACUGCGGGGUCUGAACGACCGGCUGUCGGACUACCUGGGCAAGGUGAGGCGCCUGGAGAAGGAGAACGACGACAUGGAGAAAGAGAUUGAUGGGAUUUUGGCCAAGAGGAAGACACCUAAGGGGCGCGACUGGGAUGAGGUUGAGAAACCCCUGGAUAAUCUCAAGAAGCAGAUCAAAGACAUCACCAUGGACAACGCCAAGCUGCUGCUCCAGAUUGAAAACACCAAACUGGCUGCUGAAGACUUCAACAAAAAGCUGGAUGAGGAGGAAAAGGCAGAGAAAGAAUUAGAAAAAGACCUGGAGGACCUGAAGAAGACCAUUGAGGAUACCAAGCUGAACCAAACGCAGACACAGAAAGAGAUCAAUCUGUUGAAGGAGGAGCUCACUUGUCUGGAGCAGGAACACAAAGAGGAGGUGGAUGUCCUGCGUGAGAAGAUCAAGGACUCCGAGGUGAAGGUGGAGAUGAAGUCUCAGAGCUCCAACUUGGGUGACGUUGUCAACAAGAUCCGCUUCCAGUACGAUGAACUAGCCCAGAAGAACCGGAAGGACACCGAGGAGUGGUACCAGAGCGAGUUUGAAAACAUCAAGGUGGUGGAGACCCAGAAUAACGAGGACUUGCACUCUGGAAAGUCAGAGCUCAAGGAACUGCUCCAACAGAGGACAUUUCUGGAAAUUAAGAUCCAGAGUUUGAAAAGCAAGAUCCACAAUCUGGAGGAGGCCCUGGAUAGCUCCAAAGUGGAGUACAGCCAGCGCCUGGGGCCCCUCAACCAGGUGAUACUGCACCUGGAGGCGGAGCUGAGGGAGGUGAGGGCACAGGUGGAGCGCCACGUCGAAAACAACAAGAAUCUGCUGUGUGUGAAGAUGAAGCUGGAGGCGGAAAUGGAUAACUACCAGCAACUGAUGCAGAGCAUAACUCCCGACCCUGAAAGACCAGCGAAAGCCUGACAGCAAGGUGCCCGAGCAGCAGGAAGAGGUGAAAGAAGAAGCCCCUGUGAAGCAAGAAAGCUCCCCAUCUGACAAAUCCACUCCCCCCAAAGCCCCUGAAGCAGAUCAACCCCCUAAAGUGGAGGAAGGAGAACAAGGUUGCUGUCAACAAUGCACCAAGGAAGAAGAAUAAACUCAAGACCAAAAAUGAGAAAGAUUCAUCCUCUUCUUCCUCCUCCGAGAAUGAAGAUGAAAAGCCCAAGGAAGCCAAAGCCUGAUCCUAAAAAGCUUUGCUGUCACUCAACCAACUUUCAUAUCAAACUGUUUGCUAACCUGUAAAGUUACUGUGAGGCUGCCCGUAAAUAAAUGUUUGAUUUCAAAA